GCCGCCAGUGCCCGGAUGGAAGCCGGCGCGCAGCGGAGCGGGCUCGGGGAAGCUCUCUCGGUUCUGCUGCCUCCUCUCCGGGACUUUUUCCCCCGCAGUGCCCCGGGGGUUCAGAGUGCAAGCUGAGCCGCUCGCUCUCAACUCCUUUUGCAUAAAUGAGGUCUUUGGAGGACAACAAGUUUCAACCUAAAACACUCCGAAAAGAUGCCGCCUACAGCAGGUGGUUUAAGGAACAGUUGGUUUCUGAAACUUCUCCCUUGUCUGUUAUCAAGUCACCUGAAUUCGUGUUAUGGGUUUCAGCAGGAAAUUUGAAAUACUGCCUCGUGGUUCUUAAUCAGCCUUUGGGCACACGCUUUCGUCAUCUUUGGGAAAAAGCUCUCUUCAGAGCCUGUGCUGAUGGUGGCGCCAACCAUUUAUAUGACCUCACCGAAGGAGACAGAGAAAGAUUUUUGCCCGAGUUCAUCAGUGGGGACUUUGACUCCAUUAGGCCUGAGGUCAGAGAGUACUACACUGAGAAGGUAAAGCCCACCCGCUUUUGUACUGAAGUUCUUGUUCACGCCAUUGCUCUGUCUGACUGUCUAGGAUGGGAGGGCUGUGAUCUUAUUUCAACUGCUGACCAAGACCACACUGAUUUUACCAAGUGUCUUAAAGUGCUCCAAAGGAAGAUAGAAGAAAAAGAGCUGCAGGUUGACGUGAUCGUGACCCUGGGAGGACUCGGUGGGCGUUUUGACCAGAUCAUGGCAUCCGUGAAUACUCUUUUCCAAGCCACUCACAUCACUCCUGUGCCAAUUAUAAUAAUCCAAGAGGAAUCUCUCAUCUAUCUCCUCCAACCCGGAAAGCACAGGCUACGUGUAGACACUGGAAUGGAAGGCAGCUGGUGUGGCCUUAUUCCUGUUGGACAGCAUUGCAGCCAGGUGACAACAACGGGCCUGAAGUGGAACCUCACAAAUGAUGUGCUUGCCUUUGGAACACUGGUCAGUACUUCUAACACCUACGAUGGGUCUGGGGUCGUGACUGUGGAAACUGACCGCCCGCUUCUCUGGACCAUGGCCAUCAAAAGCUAACAUAGAGUGUGGCAUCCACCACGUUCCUCUGCCUUCCCUCAUCUGCCCAGCAGUCCAUUGCUCACGAGGAACAGUCACCUUGGUGUGCAGAAAUUUAAACUUCUCCGUAGGAAGCCAUGGGCUUUCAAGAUGUUGGGGGUCAGGGUACAGCUGAGCAGAGGAGCGCUUGCUGCACAAGUGGAAGGUCUUGGGGUUCAACCCUCAAUACCACAAAGUAGAAAUACUGGUGUUUAAACAAUUCUGGGUCAUGCUAAAAAUGAUAUCAAUUUUAUAUUGAGGGAAAAUUAUGUUCUAUCGAAGUAAAUAAGCUUUAUUAUACUCAACUGAAAAAGCCAAUGUAGAUCACUACAUUAUAUAAUUCAGUUCUGAUCAUUUUAAUUUAAUUAAUCAGUCCAUUUACCUUUUUUAGUUAGUUUUCUUUAAUUUCAAAGCACCAAAAACUUUUUUCAGUGUUGCCUUAGAGUCUAGCACUUCCUUAAAUACCUGACAACACGGGCUGCCUACCUCUGAGUAUCUCCUGAUAUGGAAUUCCUCUCUAUAAUGUGUGUGAUCUUCCAGAGUGCUGUGAUAGAACGGCACCCUUUCCCUUUGACAUGACAUUUUAAAAGAAUCAUUGACUUAGUUGUUACAUUUGAAAGGAAGCAGUUACAUGGGCCACAGGUGGAUGAGAAGUGGUAAUCCAUGGCUCCCCAUACAUUAACCCCUCAAAACUUGAAACUAAACACUCUGAGCUUUAGAAAUGUGAAAAUCAUGACAAAUCCAAAAGGUUUGCGCAGAGGAACCUUAAUCCUAAAAAUUCAGCCACUUCUAACAUACCUCACACUAGAAAACGAAGUGUUAAUCCGUGGACCACACAUUUCCUGCUGUCUCCAGAAAACAAGUGUGCCUGUGGAGCUAGGUGAGCACCGCCUGCUGAGAAAUCGACGUCGGAGGCCUGUCCCUUCAUCCCAGGCCACCAUGUGCCUGGUUCGCCAGCCCCUUCUAGCUGUAGAGUGGAAGGGGUUGUGAUCAUUGAGUGUGGAAAGAACCACGGAUGCAAACCGUAAAUGCCACCAUGCUGCAGUUGUAGAGCAGGUAACACUAUCUUAGUGUAAGCUUGCUGGUGCAUUAAGAUUUACCAACCUUUCUUUCAGGAGUUCCCCACUCAUCUGUCCACCCUCCCCUAUCCCAUUUGUCAAACUACAUCUUGCCAAACAACCCGUGGCUUAACCCAUGUCGGCGUUUAUCCAUGACUAUGUCACUGUCUUCUUGGUGCUACAAUAGCAUAAGGCUUAAAACAUAAAUGAGAAAGAAAAGGGAUCAGGUGAACCAACAGCAAGUUCUGAACACAAAUUGUUAGAAUUAUUGUUAUCAUUUAUGCAAACGUAUGACACUGAAAUCUGGAUAUCAAAUAAAAACGGUUAUCAGUG